AUGGCUCUAACCCUCCUCCGAGGGAUGAGGACGCCAGUCUCGUCCAGCUCAAACCCCGGCCUCUUCUUCACUGUUCUACGGCCUCGGUUGUCCCGUUUCACGGCUAGGGCGGAGAGUGCGCAGGCCACCGAGCCCAAAGAGGUUCCCAGGUCAAUUCAGCUGGCGACCAAGGAGGCGGCUGAGCAGAAGACACAGGGCUUCGAAGCCAUCAUCGGGAUUGAGACCCAUGUCCAGCUCUCGACCGUCACCAAGGCGUUCUGCUCCUGCCCGUACAACUACGGUGCCCAGCCCAGCAGCACCGUCUGCCCCACCUGCAUGGGCCACCCGGGGACGCUGCCGGUUCUGAAUGAGAAGGUGGUCGAGUGCGCCGUGAAGCUGGGACUCGCCCUCAACUGCGAGAUCUCGAUGACGUCCAAGUUUGAUCGCAAGCAGUAUUUCUACCCGGACCUCCCCAAGGGGUACCAGAUUUCGCAGUUUGACAUCCCCAUUGCCAAGAAGGGUUAUGUCGAUUUCGACCUUAUGGUGGAGUUUGGUGGUGGGCAUAGGAAGUUUGGGAUCACAAGGGUUCACAUGGAAGAAGAUGCAGGCAAGCUGCUUCAUUCUGAAUCCAGCAGUUGCUCUCAGGUUGACCUAAACAGGGCUGGCGUACCUUUGCUCGAAAUUGUCUCAGAGCCAGGCAUGAGAACAGGGAUAGAGGCUGCUGAGUAUGGUGCUGAGCUGCAAAGGAUUGUUAGGUACCUGGGAAUGAGUAAUGGUAAUAUGCAAGAAGGUUCCCUUCGUUGUGAUGUGAAUGUUUCUGUUCGACCAGUUGGACAAUCAGAAUUUGGUACAAAGGUGGAAAUAAAGAACAUGAGCUCAUUUUCUGCGAUAAAUAGGGCAAUCGAUUAUGAGAUCACCCGGCAGAUUCUGCUCCAUAAAGAAGGCCAAGCUGAUCAAAUUGUACAAGAAACCCGCCUGUGGGAUGAAUCUUCUCAGAAAACUUUUACAAUGCGAAAAAAGGAGGGACUUGCUGACUAUAGAUAUUUUCCAGAACCUGAUCUUCCUGAAGUAGUUCUCACUAGUGACUACAUUAAUGAAAUCAGCAAGUCAAUGCCGGAGCUUCCAGAAGCAAAGCGUAGGCGUUAUGAGAAUAUGGGACUCAGCAUGCAAGAUGUUCUGUUCCUUGCUAAUGAUGAUAAUAUUGGUCAUUUCUUUGAUUCUACUCUUGAGCAUGGUGCUGAUGCAAAGCUGGCUGCCAACUGGAUCAUGGGUGACAUUGCUGCUUAUCUCAAAGAUGAAAAACUGUCUGAACUGAUAGCAUCCAUUAAGAAUGGAACUAUAAGUGGGAAGAUCGGGAAGGAGAUACUGGCCGAGCUCAUUGCCAAAGGCGGAACCGUUAAGGCUGUGAUAGAAGAGAAAGAUUUGGUUCAGAUAGCAGAUCCAGCAGCAAUCGAGGCAAUGGUAGAUAAAGUAAUUGCUGAUAAUCCAAAGCAACUUGAGCAGUACCGUGCUGGAAAAACUAAGCUACAAGGAUUUUUUGCUGGCCAGGUGAUGAAAGUAUCGAAGGGCAAGGCCAACCCAGUUUUGUUGAAUAAAAUCCUUGGAGAGAAGUUGAAUGUCAAUUAG